AAAAUCUAAAAUAAAUAUGUAUUCCAGAAACAGUUUCACAUUUGCUAUUUGUCUAUUUGCUUUUACAAUAAUAAAAGCAAGAUCGUAUGAAAUCAACAAAACAGCAGGCUGCCUAAAUCUAACAAAUGGAAGAAAAUCAAGCGACUGUCAUCAGUCAAUUAUUCCCGUUAACAAUCUCAAAUUAAAAACAUUUAUCAGCGAAAUUGUGAAUGCAAGUUUUAUUCAUGAUGAAGAAGUAAAUUCAACAACAAAAUACGAAAUUAAUAUUUGGGUAACUGUUCCUUUCGACGAUUCCUACAUGUUUUCAAAAAACCACGUCAUGCCAGCUAUUUAUCAAGCACUUGAAGACACAGGAGCAGUUUUAUGUCAAAAUUAUACAAUAAACGGAGGGGAAUAUCCACAGCACACAUGUUUUACUGUUAGCGCAAAUGAUUCGAGAUGUAAUGCCGAUUUUGCCAUGACACAAGCGGUUGACAUUCAAGACAGCAGAAUUAUUGCAGAACAAUGUAAUUCUGUGGAUGUUCUAGCAGGAGUUGAAACUAUGAACGUUUUUAUAGGAAUGACGUGCGAUUACGCAGCGGGUAGAGUAGGCGCUCUUGCUACGAAUUGGGAUUGGCCUUCAAUUUUUCCUGGCACAAGAACAACAAUUUUUGAUAAUAAAAAUCAAGGAUGUUGUGAAACAUUGACGAGAACUGGUCAUACAGCUACUGACAUUGGGAAAUUUGUUGUCCGUAUUUACAAUGAGUAUAACUGGAAUAACUCAUAUGUCAUAUAUUCAUAUAUCACUAAUCACGGCGCACCAGUGGACACAACGACGCGAUCCGACUGUACUACCCUUAUGGGAGGAGUUACAGCGCAGUUCAGAGGACAAGAGGGUUGGCAGAAUGGAAAACAGUAUAACAUUUCAGCGCAAAACGAUGAUAUUGGAGUUAUUAAUAACGCGGAUAAAAUAUUAGAUACCAUAAAAAAUAAUGCUCGUGUCUCGAUUUGGUGUAUUGGAAGAAAAGCGAUGAGGUAUAUAAUGAAUAAAGCAAAGGAAAAGGGAAUGACAGGAGGGGAUUAUGCGUUUCUAUAUCUUGAUAUUUAUAACACAAAUAUUUCAUAUGAGUGGAGCAAUGAAGAUGAUCAAAAUUGUGAAUCAGUGCUGGGAAAUAGUGAUUAUUGCACGAAAGACGUUGGAAAUUCUAGUGAUGGAAUGAGAGCACUUCAAGUAAUUUCACUUCGUCAAUCAAAAACAGAAAAAUAUAAAAACUUCUCAGAUUCUAUGAAAAAGAAAAUGGGAUCCGCGAUAUCGGGUGACGAAGAAUUCGUCAAUCCGUUUCUUGCUCAAUACUACGAUGCAGUAAAACUUCUAGUUGAUGGAGUGAACAAGAGUAUUGAAAAGGGAAAUAUGACUGAUUUAUCAGAUGGGAGAUCAUUUACUCGGCUGCUAUGGAAUAUAACAUUUGAAAGCGUUGAUGGCUUGGUAAAAAUAACUGAAACAGGGGAUAGAGUUAUGGAUUAUACUCUGAUGGAUAUGAACAAUGCGACUCAGAAAUUUCAGGAAGCAGUCGUGUACUAUGGAGAAAAUCAAACGUAUGUAGAAGUUGUACCGAUAGACUGGCCUGGUAAUGAGCCGCCUUUGAACAUACCAGAAUGCGGGUAUACACCUUGCGAAGAACAUCGUGUGUCUAUUCUUGUCAAAGCUCUCAUUGGAACGUUUGCUGUGCUGCUGCUUUGUUUUAUCGUUACUCUUUUCAUCGCGCAUAGACGUAUUGUGAAAGAAAGAAAGUUGCGUAACAUGGCGUGGAGAGUAAAACCAGAAGAAAUUGAUUAUAACAUGAGGCAAAGAAGACAAUCGGAAUCAACAAUAAGUCAAUCCAGCGAAGCCACUGUUACCUCACAUCUUAAUUUACAUGGGCGACAAGUUUUUACUAAGACAGCGCGAUGGAAAAAUCAUUUUGUUGCUGUGAAAGUGUUCCACAGACAGAAAAUUCAACUUGAUAGGAAUAUUCUAGUCGAACUGCAAACGAUGUUAUCUCUGGAACACGAACAUUUGUGCAAAUUCAUCGGAGCAAGUGUGGAUUCUCCAGUCACGAUUUUAACUGAAUAUUGUUCUCGAGGUUCGUUGCAAGAUUUUCUCGAAGGCGAUACUGACUGGGUGGACGUAGAUGAUGUUUUCAGGACUUCUUUGAUAAUGGAUAUUGCCUAUGGCAUGCAGCAUAUUCACCGGAGUACAAUUCAUUCACACGGUAAUUUAAAGUCAUCAAAUUGCCUUGUCGAUAGCAGAUUUGUGGUAAAGAUUACAGACUUUGGGCUGACGUCGUUUCGUAACAGGGAAAGAAGAGACAGCGUUGUUGGAUACGAUCACUGGAAAGACAUGAUAUGGACGGCACCUGAGUUACUCAGGGAUGACAAUGCACCUUUGAAGGGAACGCAGAAAGGAGACGUUUACAGUUUUGCAAUUAUUGUGCAAGAAAUAUUGUACAGAAAAGGGGCAUUUUAUCUUGGCGAGUCAGAAGAGAAUAAUUGGACGCCAAGAGACAUUUGCGAGCGAGUUAAGCUGGUACAACUCAACAAUCCAUUCCGACCAACACUUGCUGACAAUGAUGACGUGAUAAUUGAAACUAAACUACGAACACUCGUCACAGAAUGUUGGGGAGAAGGCCCAGAGUCAAGGCCAGGAUUCUCACAAAUAUUGAAUGCAUUCAAAGCAAAGAAAAAACAAAAUUUAGUCGACAGCCUUCUUGUAAGACUAGAACAAUACUCAAAUAAUCUUGAAGAAAAAGUUGAAGAAAGAACAGACCAAUAUAAAGCAGAAAAAGAACGUGCAGAUACAUUAUUAUACCAAAUGCUUCCAAAGAGCGUUGCAGAAAGAUUAAAACGCGGACAAGAUGUGCUGCCAGAAAAAUUUGACAGCGUCACAAUAUAUUUUAGUGAUAUUGUUGGAUUUACUGCAAUCAGUCAUGAAAGUACACCGUUUCAAGUAGUUGAGAUGCUGGAUCAUCUUUACACAAUGUUCGAUGAAAUUGCGGAUAAAUUUGAUGUGUACAAGGUUGAGACUAUCGGAGAUGCAUAUAUGGUUGUAUCUGGAUUACCAGACAGAAAUGGAAAAGAACAUGUUCGUCAAAUUGCCAGAAUGUCUCUUGCAUUGAUCAACGGAGUGGAACAUUUUGAAAUACCGCACAUGCCCGACAGAAAAAUGAAACUUCGCGUGGGAAUUCAUAGUGGGUCGGUUGUAGCCGGAGUGGUCGGACAAAAAAUGCCCAGAUAUUGUUUGUUUGGAGAUACUGUUAAUACUGCAGCAAGAAUGGAACAGAAUGGUGAAGCACUCCGGAUUCAUGUUUCACCGAAUACGAAGAGUCUGCUAGAUGAAUUUGGGAAUUUCAUUAUUGAAAAGCGUGACACUCUGGUCCCUAUGAAGGGCCUAGGAACUUUACAAACUUGGUGGCUCGAAGGAGAGGACGUUGAAAUUGAUAUUGUUCAAGAAUUAGAAAAAUCGUAUGGACAUUAUAUAGGCGAACUGGAGACUAUUUCAAACAAGAGGAUUAGUGCUUCAUCCGGAUAUAGUUCAGCACGAACCAGUAUUGAAGUCGGGAGAAUGAGGGUGUCAGUCACGGGAGUUGAAGAUGAAGUGGAUGCCCGUGUAGAUUGUGUCAGCAAACCAUAUAAAGAGUCGAGUCUGCCUAGCGUUGUCACAUUUGAAUCAGAAUGUGAGCGACCCAGCAAAUACCCAUCACCGCUUACACAAUGUCGCAAAGAUCGUACAACAAGAAACCGACAAGCAAUAACUUUCAGCGAACAUCAAAAUCAUCGAGAACGACGAAUAUCAGUUGAAGGAUUUCCGCAUGAAUUAGCCGAGCAACUGCCUAGAUUGCGACAAUUGCAACAUGAGAGACACAGUAGCGGUGUAAAACCCUUUAAGCCUGCUACUCCUGGAGCUGUUUUUGACAUUGUGGAAGACGUUAGGCCUCAACGAAAAGUCAAGUUUGAAGACAGCGAUGGUCACGAAAAUAGUUUUCAUUCUCCCCGCACGAAGAAGAAAAAAUUCAGAAAAUCAAAAAUAGUAAAUGUAUUUCAAAACUCAGGUUACGAUGACUCUUUAUCUUCAAAUGAUGAAACGACAAGGCUCUGAAGAUGAGAGUAUUUGAUGCCAUAAAUCAAUAAUAAAAUUAAAAAAAAUAGAUACGAUUUAAGAGUUGUAAGCAGCAAUACCUUCCACGAUAAUUACGUUUUGGCAAGAGUACGAAAUCAUAUAUUGAACGACGGUAUUUGAAAUUAAUCCCUGACUAACGUACGGAUGCGGAUUGUACAUUCAAAUAGCCUUGUGAACUAAUAUUAUAAAUAAUAUUGUUGUCCACGAUGAUAUUAUGUCGUCCAAAAAACAUUCUGUCUAUCCGAAAAUAAAUCAUUUUUCCAUUCUAUAUUUUAAAACGCAACUUGAAAUGCCC